CCCCUCCCCAAGCCCGUUUGCCUUGCGGAAGCCUCCCGUCGCCCAGGCUCCGUGCGCCGCUCCGCGCCGAGGCCCAGUCUGCGCCAGGUCAGACCCGUCGGUGGCACCUAGGACACCAACCUGCAGGCUGGGAGGAGGGGAGGCCCGCCGGCCAGGCUCUGAACGUCCGCCUGAGCCCCAGAGACUUCAACAGCCCAGGCCCUGGCCAGGACUCUCUCUUUGGCCCUGCUGUGCUGGGAGGUCUGAGCCCAGCGAAGGCCCGCAGCCCCUGAGCCAGCAUGCAGCCUCAGGAUGUCAGUGUGCAGUACAGCCGGUGGGAGGAAGUCAGCGUGGGGGCUGCGUCCGGCGUGGAGGAGGCCUCGAGCUGCGAGGGGCUCUCCCGGAGGCUGUGCUCCGGCAAGCUGGGUGUCACCAUGAAGGUGCUGGGAGGAGUGGCCCUCUUCUGGGUCGUCUUCAUCCUGGGCUACGUCACCGGCUACUUCAUACACAAGUGCAAAUAAGUGCUGACCGCGUGCCAGCGGGGGCACGGGCUGGGAGGGACGCGGGCGUACGAGUCACUUUUGCAUACGGAGCCCCUCCUCCCCGUAUACACCGUACCUCCCCACAGUCACAGGGCCCAGGGGGGCGCCCGGCAUGCAGGACACUCCCAGGUGUCGGUGGGCACACCCGCGCCAGCCCCUCCAUGGGGGCACGGGCACGCCAGGACACUCGCCCAUGGCCCGCACUGGCCACCUGUGUCCUGGAGACCUGGGGCCAGCCGGAGCUGGGGCUGCGGUGCAGGCCAGGGUCGGGCCCGGGCUGCGGUCUCCCCCGUGGUGGGGAGGGCCGGGCGAGGCUGCCCUGCGGUGGGGUCCUCCCUGGGAGGGUGUAGUGCCGAGCUGGGUGGCCCUGGGCAGGCCCCUGCCCUCUCUGGCCUUGUGACAUCCGUGUGCACUGGUGGCUCUGAGGAGACCUGUGUGUGACCCUCUGGCCUCCCUCCCAGGGCUGAGACCCCUCCUGGAAGACAUUCCCCAGGCAGAACGGGGCCAGGGCCUUCGUCCGAGGUCCGUGCCCCCAGCCCGGGUCUUCCCCUCUCGGGCUGUGGGCCGGGGGAGGACAGCCACACCUAAAAGCAGCCAUUA